AUGGCCCAUCACGAUUCUGUUCUCGUCAUUUCGUCGUCCCCCGACUUUCCAUCGAUUUGCGACCUCCUUCCGAAAGCGACCAGGCAGCCCUCUUUGCGCAGUGGAAGCAAUGCCGCCCCGGUUUCCAACGAUGCGCCAGCCGCUUUCACGAGCGCCGCGAACAUAUGGCAAUCUUCGCGAGCCCGUCAUCUCGAAGGUGCAGAAAUAUCCAAUAUAGGACCAUCUCAGAGCGCCACCACGGCGGCGGACCUAGCCACCGUUCCUGCCGAGUCGCCGAUAAAAUCCGGCGUCGAAGGCCCGACCCUGCCAUUGGGAGGAGAUAAAAAAAAACCGAGAACGGCCGGGGCGAGAAAGAAGAAGGGGAAGACGGAAACAAUCGAACCACCGCUCGCACUAGACAUGGCCGUUGCGGACGGUCCGGUUGCGGUAGCACCGCCCAAGAAAUCUGGGAGAAAGCCGAGAGCAAAAAAGGACGCGACAUUGGCGCAAACCACCUUACCCAAAGGGAAAGUCACCAAGACGGCGGCAAGGGAAAUAACAAAAGCCCAGAAGAAGGCUGAAACUGUCAGCAGGCAUUUUACCCCUCAUACCUCGGCACCGCCUGAGCUAGUCGCCGGUCCGAUAGAUGAUUCGCCGUCCGUUUUUGAGCCGGCGAUGGCACGAAGGAUGGACUGGACGCCUCCCCGAGAGAGCGCAAGCGUUCACUGUCUCGCGGACUCAUCCAUGGAGAAAGAAGUGUCGUCGUCUGCUCUGUCUUUACAGGACCACGUUUUCAAGAACCUCCAAGACACUUAUGGGCGAACUAUGGAAGCUAGCGGCUAUAUCGGUGCUGCAUUGCCUUUGACCAGUAUGGACGUCCUGGGAAAACGAAAGCUCGUUGAGAUGGUAUCGUGCGUCGGGCACCGACAAGAGAUACCCCAAGCAUCCCCAACAAAGCCCAAAGUCGUGAAGAAGAAGCCCCGGACCAUCACGGAGUUGGCAACGGCGGCCUACCGUCGGCCGGAAGAGGCAGAGCGUUCAACUUUGAGUAGACAACAAGACACGCAUAUCCCGUCUGGCAACCUGGAGCUCCCCAGUGAACAAUUGACGGCGGCAAGCAAGUCCGCGAGCGCGAAACCGAAAGCCGCUAAAAAGGCCCCCAAGCCAAGGGCAACCAAGAAAAAGCAAUCGCCACCCGAGCCAAUACUCCUCUCCCCAACGAGCGCCAUGCGACAAGUGUCUAACCAGGACUUCGUCUUUGGAACGGCAAGCCAGCUGGCAACCGAGGAUGACCCAGUGCUCCUCCGAGCUUUGCACGAGGCGAUGAAGGUGUCGAACCAAGCGGAUAGCGAUCCUUUCGCCACCCCGAGUCCCGGGAACAGCAACCUCGCUAUCCGAAGAAGAUCGGGAGCAGGGCUGUGGGCAGCCGGGGCUCGGUACGGUGAUGGCGACUUGCUCGACGCCGAGGUGCUGGACUUGACGCGUUCUUCUCCAUUGACGCUCGCCCAGUUUGCGCAGAACCCCCCGCCCCCCUGCCCAGAGGCGGUUCUGGCAGACAAGCCACCGGUAGAGAGUGCCUACAUCGAGAUCGAAAUGUCCGACGAUACGUUAGAUCUCACCAUUUCUCCGCCAGUUGGUUCGCCUAAGACACUGCCCCCAUGCCCGCCUCGCCCGGGGGGCCAAGCGGUUCGACACAAGGAUUCGAACCUCGCGGUCAGUGGCCGUCCGCAAACCCCACCACAGGAGGCUGACUUUGAUCCGCCGCCGAGUAAUCAGGAGCAGCACCAACUUCUGCUAUCCCAGUCAAACACCCCGCAGCAACCCCAACCUGCACCACCGCCGCCGCCAAGCUUCGAGCUUUAUACCGAUGCGCGCCUCGCGAAAGAGGUGGCGUCGUACGGCUUCAAGGUGGUCAAGAAGAGAACCGCGAUGAUUGCGCUGCUGAACCGGUGUUGGGAAAGCCGAAACAAGACUGCGUUAGGAAGUACGGCCGCCCAAGCCGCCAUGUCAACGUCCGCCCCGAAUCAAGCCGCCUCUCCCUCCCGGCCAAGGGGCCGGCCUCGGAAAGAUUCCUUAACAGCAACGACUGAAGUGGUGCAAGCCCCAUCCCCGGCCAAAAAGGGCAGGAAAAAGGCGGGUGUGGUCAGCGGCGCAGGAAGUGAGGUGCCCCAACCGGAAAAAUGGCCCCGUGGAAGGCCCAGGAAGGAUUCCGCUGCAUCGGUCUCAAGUAUUACAGCCCCGGCGGCGACAAACCCCCGGCGGAGAUCAGCUGCUAUCAGUGAUGUUGAUAGCGACGAGCCCCAGGUUGAGAAGCGCUCACGGGGGAGGCCCAAGAAGGAUGCAACUACAUCUCCCGCAACACGGGCGACCAGGGCAAAGGCCCCGCCCUCCCCAAAGCGCGCAAAAUCGCCGUGCACCACCCAACCCGCCCCGACAACUCCCCGGCGGCGCAAAGCACCCGCCAAACAAAUCUUCGAAAUUCCCGACUCGGGGUCUGACGAUCCUUUUGCCUCCAGCGCUCCCUCCUCCCCCGAUCAGCAUUCGGACCUCUUCUCGUCCCCACCUGCAGUAGACCUCUCAGUCACAGAAGACACCGAGGCGUCGCUCAUAGCCAGCCCGACGACGCAAGACGUGUCGCUCUUCGGCUACAUCACGCGGGCGGUUGCCAGCGCUCCGCCAACCAAAGACCCAGCAAACCCGAGCUGGCAUGAGAAGAUGCUCAUGUAUGACCCGAUCAUUCUGGAGGACCUUACGGCGUGGCUGAACGCGGGGCGGUUGGAUCAGGUCGGGUUCGAUGGGGAGGUGGCGCCGGGGGAUGUGAAGAAGUGGUGCGAGAAAAUGAGUAACGAUGCCUACCAAUCCGUCCCACCACCCCUUUAUCCUUCGUCCACGAUGCCGGUUUGGUCGUCCCAAACCGGAUUACCCCGGAUCUUGGAUCAGCAUGAGUGGGGCGGCGCGGGGAGAUUGGUCACACAAGAUGAAGCCUCGGCUCAGCUGAACCGCAUGCCAAGUUUCAGCGCUCGCGCCGGCCAUUCCGAAGAUUGCCAUUGGAGGGACCAAAACCGGAAAGGUGAACAGAAGGCAAAGAAGCCGCCGCCGCCAGCCCGGCCGAGUUCGAGCCCAGCUGUACAUGAGGAUGGCCCGGCUUAUCGCCUGGCAGCUAUCCGGGAGACCUUUGAGGAGAGCGGCAUUCUCCUGGCCAAAAAGAUAGGUCAGCCCCGGGAACUGGGCCUACUGCAGGUUCCCGACUAUAUCAGGGAGGCCGGCCGCAAGCUGGUCCACGGGAACACGGUCCGCUUUACGGAAUGGCUCCGCGACCAAGGCGGCGAGCCCGACGUGGACAACCUCCUCCCCUUCACGCGCUGGAUCACCCCGCCUGGCCCGCCCAAGCGCUUCACCACCCAAAUGUACCUCUACAUGCUACCACUCACCCUGCCGUCCACCACCAGCGAGCUCCUCCAAGAAAACCAGGCGGUCAUCCCCGCGCCCACGCACGACGGCGGCCUCGAACACACCGCCGCCGCCUUCGACAACACGCACACCUGGCUGGCGCGGGCCCGCGCAGGCGAGAUCAUCCUCUUCCCACCCCAAUUCUACCUCCUGCACCUCAUCUCCGAAUUUUUCCCUCCCCCGCCCCCACCACCACCACCAACAACACCAGAACCGACCCCCACCCCCGCCACCCCGAACAACAACACCCCCACAACCGCCCACCGCGACCAGCGCGCCGCCCUGCUCGCGUUCCUGGCACGCACCCCCACCGCGCCCGUCCUCGACUGGGACGCCGCCGCCAACACGCGCGCCAUCCCCUGGUCGCGCAAGGUCAUGAGCCCGAGCAUGCUGUUCGUGCGCCGCCGCGACGGUCGCGUCGUGCUGGCGCUGGAUAAGCCCGGUGCGGAACUGAGGGGCACGGGAAGGGGUGGGGAUGCGGAGAGGGUGGAUGUUGGUGAGGUUUGA